AUGGGGUGGAGGCCAGUGGAGGCCAGUGGAGGCCAGUGGAGGCCAGUGGAGGCCAGUGGAGGCCAGUGGAGGCCAGUGGAGGCCAGUGGAGGCCAGUGGUGGCCAGUGGAGGCCAGUGGAGGCCAGUGGAGGCCAGUGGAGGCCAGUGGAGGCCAGUGGAGGCCAGUGGAGGCCAGUGGAGGCCAGUGGAGGCCAGUGGAGGCCAGUGGAGGCCAGUGGAGGCCAGUGGGGGCCAGUGGAAUGGAGGCCAGUGACGGCCAGUGGAGGCCAGUGGAGGCCAGUGGAGGCCAGUGGAGGCCAGUGGAGGCCAGUGGAGGCCAGUGGAGGCCAGUGGAGGCCAGUGGAGGCCAGUGGAGGCCAGUGGAGGCCAGUGGAGGCCAGUGGAGGCCAGUGGAGGCCAGUGGAGGCCAGUGGAGGCCAGUGGAGGCCAGUGGAGGCCAGUGGAGGCCAGUGGAGGCCAGUGGAGGCCAGUGGAGGCCAGUGGAGGCCAGUGACGGCCAGUGGAGGCCAGUGGAGGCCAGUGGAGGCCAGUGGAGGCCAGUGGAGGCCAGUGGAGGCCAGUGGAGGCCAGUGGAUGCCAGUGGAUGCCAGUGGAUGCCAGUGACGGCCAGUGGAUGCCAGUGGAGGCCAGUGGAGGCCAGUGGAGGCCAGUGGAGGCCAGUGGAGGCCAUGGAUGCCAGUGGAUGCCAGUGGAUGCCAGUGACGGCCAGUGACGGCCAGUGGAGGCCAGUGGAGGCCAGUGGAGGCCAGUGGAGGCCAGUGGAGGCCAGUGGAUGCCAGUGGAUGCCAGUGACGGCCAGUGGAGGCCAGUGGAGGCCAGUGGAGGCCAGUGGAGGCCAGUGGAGGCCAGUGGAGGCCAGUGGAGGCCAGUGGAGGCCAGUGGAGGCCAGUGGAGGCCAGUGGAGGCCAGUGGAGGCCAGUGGAGGCCAGUGGAGGCCAGUGACGGCCAGUGACGGCCAGUGA